GCGACGGCGACGGCAAGAUGGCGGCGCCCAGUCUGCUGCGCGGGGGUUUGAGGCGGUUGUUCACCGGGCUUUUCGGAAACGGUUGGGCCUCGCCGCCGACCCGAGCCCUCCGGGAGGUCGUGGAGGUGACUGAAGGCAAGACGACCACAAUUGAAGGGAGAAUUAUAGAGGAUGCUGAAACACCAACUCCUCCAAACCCCUCUGGCCAGUGUCCCAUCUGUCGCUGGAACCUGAAGCAUAAGUACAAUUAUGUGGACGUCUUGCUGCUGAGUCAGUUUAUCCGUUCUGAUGGAGGGAUGCUGCCACGAAGGAUCACAGGCCUCUGUUUGGAGGAGCACAAGAAGGUUGCUGUCUGUGUGCAGAUGGCUCACCGUGCAGGUUUGUUGCCAAACCACAGGCCUCCACUUCCUGAAGGGCAUAUUCCCAAGAAACCCAAGCUCAACAGGUAUCUGACCCGCUGGUCCGUCAAAUCUGCAAAGCCCAUCUGGAAGAGGGGCCCUAAGUGGUGCAAAGUACCCAUGCCAGUCGGACACCCUUUGCUGAAGGAUAAUGUCAAAUAUACACACAAGCCUCUCUAUUUAAACCAUUAGUGGCCAGAACUGGCAUACUAAGUAAGCACAACUGUUUUCCACUGUUCUGCUUUUUUUUUUUGCAAGUUUGUCAAUGUCUCCAAUUUCAUUAUUCCAAAACUGUCAUUAGUACUCUAUAUUGUCUCCAGUGAAUGAUCUGCGAUCUGCUCCUCUAGGAGAACACAAGGUUCAGCAAACCAAACUUCAGUGCGCAGAAUUAUUUGGAGAAAGCAGGGGGCAAAGACUUCUACCUCAAAGCCAGAAAGGAUCUGAAGGCCUCUGUUUCAUUAUGGUCCACAACUGGGUUUGGAAAAGGAUUUUUCCUUCUUUUUCCAGUAAUGAAUGGUGAUUCCCCAUUAAUGUGUGUUUCAACUCAGAUUUGCCUCAUUUGGGUUUUUGUACCUGUGACACUGAUGGAAGAAAAAUAUCUCCUGCAGUAACAGAAAUUGUUAGUGACUACUGAAAUUAUUUUUUUUAUAAUCUGUACUACCUAUAAUUUGCAGCAGAACACAUGUGGCAGUGGCAGACUGGCAUGUGUGCAUAUUACAUGUCCCCUUAAGGAUUUCUGGCUUGUGCUUCACUCCCGGAUCUAGCAAAUACAGAAUGUUGACAUCCUUGGUGACUUGGCCUGUUCUUUCCCCUUGCAAAUACAGUUGCUACAAGCCUUCCAUGUCACUGCUAUGGCUGCUUCCUGGGAGAGUUUGGGACUGAGAGAUGUGCAUCAUUUUCCAUCCUCUAACUAAAAGGUGACACCAUUUCUCUCCCUGUACAGUGCACGUAUGCACCUUCCACCUACUGACCACUGCUGCUUGAGAAGCGCUGCUUAUGGGCCUGGUAUGAAAGGCUCGUUACAUUUAUCAGGGUUAUUAUCGCUUUGGUUCCACUUCUGUGACAUUUUUCUGGGGGCUACAAAUGAACACAGCUUUUGUAUGUA